AUGUCCGAAACAUACAUGGUGCCUCUUCCUCGCGAUAUUUAUGAUUGCGAGGGAUUUACCUCGCUCUUUCAGCCACGCAUUCACCGGCAGACUAGUAUUGCGGACCAUGCCUCUGUCCAGUGCCAACUUGAUCUGUAUGGAGAGGAGGGUAUAGGCUCCAAGUUUGGAAAUAUGAAUACUCAUGCAGGAAAUUUUGUUUCAUUAUGUGCUCCAAAUUGCCGACCCGAGAGGCUAGCUCUAGCUGCCUAUACUAUUGAAAAUGGAUUUUUGCACGAUGAUGAUCUUGACAGCGGAACGGAUGAACAGGUACUGCAAGAAAACGAAAUGCUUCGCCAGUUUCUUCGCCAAAGCGGCGCAACCUCGAUCACAGCCAAACUCACGGAGGCGAAGCAACGUAAAUCGGAAGUCCAAGCAAAGAUUGUUGCAGAGUUCAUGCGACAGGACCCAGUCUUUGGAAAUUAUCUCCUAUCAUGCUGGGAGGCUUUCCUGAAGAAGACCGAAGAUGGAAGGAACCUCGAUUUCGGGACUCUGGACAAUUAUCUCUCGUUCAGACUGGAUGAUGUUGGUGCAGUCUGGACGUUAGCAAUCCUACGUUGGGGGACAGGAAUCAAACUCACCGCCGAGGAGGAGCAUAUUGCAGAUCCAAUCGCCUAUGUUGCCUAUGCUGCCUUGGCUUUAACCAAUGACUUGCUGUCCUGGAACAAGGAGUACAAGGCUCACAUUGAAAACCAGGAAAGCACACCCUGGGUGAAUGCAGUCAACCUCGUCAUGGCGUGGCAUGGACUAGAGCAAGAUGCUGCUAAGACAAUGAUUCGAGAUGAGAUACGGGCCCAUGAAAAGCGCUUUUGUCAACUACGAGAUGAGUAUAUGUCUAGCCUCACACCAUCAAGCUCUAUCACCAGCUGGUUAAGGCUUUUGGAAGACUCAAUGGCUGGUAACUUCAUUUGGAGUAUUCGAUGUCCUCGUUACUACCAAACUGAUGGAAAUCCAUACCGCGAUCAUCUGGAUGCGUUUGGAAAAGAUAAAAUCAAGAUUAUUACGGCCUCAGUAGAGGUUCCGGGUCCCGUUUCAAAUAUGAGCACAUCGGAGCUUUUCAAGCACGAAAAUCCAAAACAGAACAGAUUGAAGGGAGUUUCUUUGACACAAAGCUUUUCCAUCAAAAAACUAAAACUCGAAACUGUCCUGAACCCCUAUACGUAUAUCGCCUCCAUGCCAUCCAAAAAUGUUCGACAGACAAUGAUAAUGGCGUUAAACUUGUGGUACAAGGUCCCAGAGAAGUCAUUGCUUAUCAUCGAGGGCAUCGUUAACUUUCUGCAUAACUCAUCCUUAUUACUUGAUGAUAUACAAGAUAGAAGUUCAUUAAGAAGAGGAAAGCCGGCGGCACACUGCAUCUUUGGCAUCGGUCAGACUAUCAACACCGCGACCUAUCUCCUGAAUGAGGCCUUGUGCUUAGUGCAAGUGCUUUCGCAGAGUGCCCAAACAGCGUACUCAGAGGAAAUGCGCAAUCUACAUAUCGGGCAGGGACACGAUCUGCAUUGGAGCUAUCAUACGCAUGUGCCAAGCCAAGAGGAGUACAUUAGCAUGGUUGACGGCAAAACUGGUGGCCUCUUUCGGCUCAUUUGUUGUCUGAUGAAAUCAGAAGCCUCUAUCAAUAGGGACCUUGAUCUGACUCAAUUUGCAACCCUUCUUGGACGGUACUUCCAAAUCCGCGAUGACUACCAGAAUCUCGUGAGCGCGGAUUACAAACAGAACAAGGGAUUUUGUGACGAUCUUGACGAAGGAAAGCUUUCUUUCCCGGUGAUUCUUGCAAUGGAUUCCCCUGAAUUCCCCAAAGCGGUCAUGUUGAGCAUUUUUCAGAGCCGCCACGAGCGACGUGGUCAAUCACCCGAACUAAAGCAAUACAUCUUAGACCAAAUAUCUAGUCGAGGGGUAUUUUCACGGACUCGGAAUGUGCUGAAAGAUCUUCAUUCUGAACUACUCCGAUGCCUUUCAGAGAUUGAAAGUGGAGCCGGAGCAAUAGAGAACUGGACUUUGCGUUUGCUGUUUACAAAAUUGGAUAUUGGCAAUGAAGUAAAAACAGAAUCUGGGAAGCAGGAAUCGGCUUGGGAAAUCAAUCAGCAAAAGGUGUGGAAGGGUCAUCAAAGCAAACGCCCCACGCAAAAUGCUGCUACUGGUCCUUCGAAAAAGAAGAAGCGAGUUUGA